AUGAAAUCAGUUCGGGCUUUAGAAGCGGAUCACCAGAUAGAGAGCGAACGAGAAGCCAUCGAGGAGCUAGGAGUGGUGCCAGGAGCUCCAUGGACAGUCAAGGGCUACAUCAAGCGCUUCCACUGGGGCAAGUUCAAGGGGCUGUAUCGGUGCGCUAUCGAGGACGUAGCCGUCUACGAGAUGUUGCGGCAGAAGGAAUACGAGAGCACCACGGCUCAGUGCAUUCAGAACAUGAAAUCGAAGAUGCAAGCCGUACUCCAACAAGGCGAGUGGUCCAGCGCUUGGCUCCUGACGGGGCUAAGCGAUGCGCUGCGGCCCCGCGAAUUUGCGGGAACCAAGGAGGAGCUAGCUGUGGUCUCAGGUUACCUCAACAGCUUGAGCAAGUUGAGGCAGAGAGUCAAGGAGACAGAGGGAUUGGCUGGCGAGGAGCACGAAGAGAGGAAGGGAAGGGCAACUCUGCCUUUGUUAGAUUUUACCAGUGGUCUUGCAGACGCAACAUCCAAGGUACCCUGCCAGCUCCGGCUGGCGGUUCAGCAGCAUUUCCAUGAGGAGGCCACGACGGGAUGGCACAUUGAUGAUGCUUUUGAUCCUAGGGUUUCGGCGGUGUUGUCUCACGGAGAGUGUGGUUGGCUUUGGCUCUCUCUUCCCUCUUUUCGUUUUCCCCUGUACGAAAUUUGGAUCCAGAAGGUCCCCUACGGCCUGCCUGUAAUCCUGAAGCUCGCGCGCUUGGCAGAUGAAGUCUACCAGAUCUACCAGGAGGUUCAGGCAACAGACAGGAGCUUGGACAGUAAACGUGGAUUGGCUCAUGGAAAAGUCGUUCAAGAUGCUUAUGAGGAAGGAGUGCGACAUUAUAAGGUUACCCUAGCAGUGGAGGCUGUGCAGAGGAAAUUGUGCAUAUUUGGGGCUAUGCUGCGGGCAACCUGGUGCGCGCUGAGGGGCUGGGAAACUUUGCUAGCUGCCCGAUCUAGGAUUCCAGUCACACGCUGGGUCUUAGAGGCUUUAGUUUUGGCUGGUUUAGCUCAAGGUUUGGAGGAACAAGGACGUCACCGCCGUGAAUGGUGGGCUUCAGCCUUGGGUUGGCGGUUGGCUUUUGAAAGCCUUCUCCGGCCCUCUGAUGGUAUGUACAGAGCAGCCGCUGAUCCGCUGGCUACAAUGGUGGACCACCGAACAGAAGAGAGAUUCUUUGGCUUUUGGGUUUUCAAUGCAGUUGUGGAGCCGGAAAUUGCGAGGAGCCGGAAAUUGCGAGAAGCUUGUAAUUGGCUAAACAUAGGGAACUUGGGAUACACCCUUUCUUCUUUCCGGUCUGGUGGUGCUACACACCAAUUCCGCUCACAUGGCAAUCUGGAAGGGCGCGCAGACUUUGCAGUACUAUAUCCAGGAAUCAAUUUAUUUAAUGCCACUAGCUUUGUGACAGAGCAAGGAAAGCAGCGUGCAUCUGCAAUCCGUGAAGGUGUGAGCGCCCUGCGCCUCCCUUGUCCGUGGAUGAAGCAGCCGCGCUGUGUGACCAGUUGCACAGGGCCCGCUAGUGGGCCAACCUCUUGGUCAAGCUCAAAGGUGACAAAAGCUUUGCAAUCAGUGCGACCUGGGUUCUUUGUUGACACCCCAACUACGGAUCAACCCCCAGCAGUUACUCCACUGCCUUUGGUGGAUCCGGUUGCAGCAGGAGGCUUUGCAUCCUUCGUGCAGAGCAAGCUCACGAAGUGGUGCCAGCGGUGGGCUCCCAAAUCUGGUGGCCUUGUGGUCAUGGCCGUGGUCGGGCUGGCAAUCCUGUUCCCCAAACUCAUUGCGGCAUUGCUCAUUAUGGCUUUACUGUUGCUGCUGCGGGCCAUCAGCGUUGUGGCUGCAAGGGUCUUUGCGGAAAUUUGGCGUGAAUUGGCUGACACUGCUUUGGCUGGUUUGCAGCCCAGCUGCGUCCUGGAAGACCAUUUGGUAUGGUGGCUUGACUCUCAGUCAAGGUGGUGGGGGCCUGUGCCUGCAUCACCCCCAAUUCCCAUGCCAGCGCCCAUGGCCACUCCAAUGCCGUCCAUGCCUACAGUCGCAGUGCCAACUCCCGGGGCAACUGCCCCCCCCGACCCCAACCCUUUUGCCUUCUUCCUGCACGUUGGCCUUGCUUGCAUGGUGGAUUCGCCGCCCCCGACCCCCAGGGUGGGUGACUUUGUUUUGAAGCAUUUUGCAAGCAUCUUGGUUUCCACUUCAUCGAUUGCGCUGUUGAGUAUGACAUUGUUGGUUGAGAUUGUCUUCAAGGGCGCUCUUGAGGAGAGCUUUGUUGGCUUGUUUCCAUUUGUCUAUUACCAGUUGCCUUUUGGAAGAGAUCUGAUAACACCAUUUGAUGACUUAUUUCAGACGUUUGGCUAUUUCCAGUUGCGUGAUAGAAGAUCUGAGGUGUUCUUGAGGAAAGCUUUGUUA